GCAUGUAAACGUCAAAGUAAUGGCUUGCUGUUUACAUUAAAUUGUAUGUGUUUGUUUGCAGUCGCUUCGGUUCAUUUGGAAUAAAUAUUCGUAAAUUUGGAAAUAAUCAGUGUGAACCCUAAACAUGAAUCAGUAUCGAAGCGAGAAGCAGCUCGCUUAUCUGUAUCCGAUUAUUGCGACCUUAUCUUUCGUGUGCUGUAUAUCGACAACCGUAGCAUGGCAGCACUGGCGAUAUGUGUUGGAUACUUGUGUUGAAACUAACUGCGGAUGUAUUUUGCAUGGCCGAUCUACUGCUACGUUUUUCACCGGAGGCCAUGUCGCCUAUUGUCACUGGGCAGCGUACGGAUUGGUGUUACCCAUAAUAUUCUGCUUUAUCUUUGGAAUAUUCCAUGUCUUCCGGGUAUGCUUCGGACGCCGUCGUCGCUACCCGGGUACAGCCACCGUUAGGCAAAGAUCUGGAGAUGUAAUUUUAAUGACGACCAAAACUGAUGUGGAAGAGGACGACAUCAGUCCUUACUACUGGAUACCGGCUAGCGUCAUUGGAAGUUUGAUGGCGGUUCUUACGCUUGUACAUGCUGCGAUGUAUUUGGACGGAUUCUUGACUACCUGCAAGCAGCAACGCAACGAACUUAUCAAGUAUAUGCAGGCAAACGGCAGCUUAGUACCCAUCAUUCAAAGCCGCAUUUCAUGUUCAUCGGUAUUUGAUUUUAUGGAUUAUUUACAUUUAGACGUUUCGUUCGACAGACACCGAGAGGGAAGAAUUAAUACAGCAGCUGCAUUGAUCAUAGGUUUAGUUUGUUCGUGGAUUUGUGUUGGUUUGUGGAUUUGGACGGUGGUAAUCAAUGCUAAACGAGCACGCGCCAGUAAAGACUUGCGCAUUUAAUACUGUUACGAGGGCAAUCACGAUCGUUUAAAGUGAUAGUAUUAGGCAGCUUUUAAGAUGCAUUCCUUACAUGCCAUGCAUACCGAUUGUGCCUUCAUUUUAAAGAAUGUAAGAUCUACACAUUUUUACAAAUUUUCAUAUUUUAUCAAGCACACGAGUAGAAUAGACAUUCCGAAGAAAAGAGAAAAAACUACGAUUUGCACGAAUCGGUGUUUUACCACCGUAUUUUUUUAAAUAAAACUUAAAUGAAUGGUACUAAAUCGUAAAUACCAUAUGUACAACUUAAAACGGUUUUAUUGUUUUAUUGUGAUGCGAGAAUCAAUUUCACAAUUGCACGCGUAAUCAGCUGUGUCCAUUUACACGAGUUUCAUUUAAAUGAUACAUAUCGAGUUGAAUUUACAAUCAAUAUAUUUUCACAGACGAUUAUCUUUUCAGAAACUUCCGAAAAAUCAUAUCUUUAUGAAUGAUUUUUUUACAGUUUAAUAUAGCGUAAUAGCAAUAAAAAUAUGCAUUUUACUUCAUCUGUA